AUGGCGCAAGAACCGCGAAUUUUGUCCACCGCUGAACAGCCACAGGCGGAGAAGUCAGGGAACCAGCAGUCAUCUGUGAACCUCACCAGUGAGCAGCAGGAAGUACCAGCUCCAGGAAACCCCGACCUACGGACAUUAUCAAGACCUGACCCGGAGCAUUUGCAAUCAUGGAAUCCCCAGGAUACAACCCCCCCGCAAAUUCCCCGUCCACCUACACCCAGCGCACUAUCGCCGGUAGAUGCUUUACCAUACCCAGAGGUUCUCGAGCAGCCACAGAUUCUCCAAGAGCCUCUAACUUCUGAUGUUCGAAUACCCCCCGAGGCGCAAUCUCCUGGCAUAUUGAACCCCGGAAGUUUAGGUUCAGACAGGCUCACUGGCGCCGCCAUAUCUCAAGGGCGUCCAAGUGAUACAUCUCUUCCCAGUCUAAAAGUCGUCGAAAAGCAACAAAAUCCAUCACCAAUUUUGGGGACAGCAUUUGAUUUCGGCUUUCGUGAUAGUAGUAACCUGGAGGCACAAAAUACCGAACCGAACCAACAGGCCUCCGCCUCCAUCCUUCCGUUCACUGAACCAGCUCCAAUACCUCCGACGGCCGAGCAGGCCGUUUCUCAGAGUCUCCAGCAAAUUGACUUGGAAGGUCUCGAGGUAUUUUCUGCUAGUGAUUCAUCUGGUAUCAUCCACAACCAGUACCAAAAGGAUUCGGAAGAUUCGGCGGAAGAUGCCAACUUGAGUGAACGGCAAGAAGCAGAGGCGACACAGUCAGAGGAGACUCUCCCAUCCCUAGAUCGCGGCGAAUCUCCGUCGACUGAUAGCCUUAGCACUCUCAAUUCCGACAGAUUUGAUGAGAGCAUUUUUACGUUCCAGGAGGAUGAGGAGGAAGAGAAUGUCGAGUUUGAACGGGAUAGUGGGAGCGACGAUAUUCUGCGCCUCAAACCUACGUUGAAACAGUGGAAAGAUUUUCCAUCCCUUCUAUCAUUUGCGCGUGCUCACAACGCGGAACUUGAUGGUUGCUUCAAGAUUGUUCUCCCAGAUGGUGCCCUUGAAGAAAUCCCCGAAAAGCCAGCUCAACUAGUUGACGCAAAUGCUUUUACGCCACAAUUGCUCCGCCCGUCUCGUAUUUGGCGGGUAAAUACCAAACCGACAACAGGCAAAUUUCCGUCUUCAUCAGAUGUACAAGAACCCAAAUUCUCCGGAAACGCCACAGAAGCCGCGAAGCGGCUUUCAAAACUCUUCACCAAAAGCAGGAAUCGUCAAAUACGUGACGUACGGUACCGAGUUGAUGUCCCGGCUUGGAGCCUGGAACAGAGGCUUGAAGCUGGGGUACCCGGGAAGAGCCCACUUCACCCGUUGAAGGGUGACAAGCUCGAUCUGACCAAGGCCAUUAUUCCUGGCAUUCACACACCUUAUGUUUAUGAGUCUGGGCCUGCUUUCGGUGCUACCUUCCAGCUCCAUGCCGAAGACUUCCGCCUAUCUUCUCUCAACCAUUUGUACAAAGGACGAAAAAUCUGGAUCAUCAUACCUUCCGCAGCAGUUGGCCUUGCCGAGGAACAGCUCGGCCGCAGAGAAAGCUGCUCGCAGUUUAUGAGGCAUCGUGCCGAGUUUGUGUUUCCCGAAAAGUUGAAUCGCCUGGGCAUUCCGUUUCGUUUGAUUGACCAAAGCCCUGGCGAGACGAUUGUAAUUCUUCCAGAUGCAUAUCACGAGGGAUUUAGUACAGGAUAUACUUUGGCGGAAGCCAAGAAUUAUGCCGAGGAGACCUGGAGCACUGAAACAUACCAACCAUGUGACAGUAGCUGUCAAUUGGCCACCGCUAUACCUGGCGAUUUCAUGAGAAUUAUCGAGGACGGUGAAGACCGGCUUGAUUUAUGCUCAUCGUACAGUGACGACUCGCCUGAUUCAACGAAACGGGAGCUGGAUGAAGAAGAUAGCGCUUCCGAAGAAUCCACCGAACAACGACCGCGGAAAAGGAUUAAAUGGAUCAGAGGUGGUAUGUCUUCUAAUGCGCCCAAUUUUGACUUAUAG